GCCAGAAAGGCCAGAAGAAGGAGGAUGCCAGAAGUGCAGAAAGUACGGUCUCUCUUCAGUUCAGUUCUCGUCUCCUUCAACUUCACGCUCAAGGCAGACAGAGCUUUGGACCGGCCGCCGCCGCCGGGACACCCAGCACCGCCGCGAUGGAGUUCGCCGUAGUCGAGGGGGAGUCGUUCUCGCCUUCCUGCCCCACGCUCGUCAUGCCGGCGCUGUCGAUCGGCAACGUGGGGCAGCUCGCCGUCGACCUGCUGAUAUCCUCGGCGAAGGCGAGGCGGGUGGCCUACCUCGACGAGUCUUCCGUGCUGCCCUGCGCCGGCAACGACGCAUUCGGCCCCGACGCCGUUGGCGACCUCGCGCUCGCCCUCGAAGCAUAUGAAUCUGCAUCUCACAGGCUGGCUUUCAUUCAGCAAAGGUCUCCAGUUAUUACUGGGAUGAUGGUUUCAUUUGCAAAACAUGUCGCUGAUUUCAUAAGCAGCAUUGGAAAGGACCAUAUUGUUAUUCUUUCAAGUUUAGAUUCUGGCAAGAGGAGGGUAACUGAUACAUCCAGUAACAUGCAGGUGUAUUACCUUUCGAGUUGCAAUGAGGAUGGUUCUGAUCCGGAAUAUGAGAAAUUAGGGUGGAAGAGGCUUGAGGAGUAUGAUCCAUCUCAACAAGGGUGGAAUUGUCUUGCAAGCUUAGUUGAGGGUGGUGUUUUUUCAGAAGAUAUGGUUGAUGAUAAUGAGAUGACAAUAAAUGAUUACUAUGCGAGCUUGCCAUUUGCAGCGCUAUUCUCUGCCUGCAAGGCUAAAGGUUUGAAAGUUUCUUGUGUACUGUGCUACUGCUCUGAAGGCGACAACAUGCCAGAAUCUUUUCAAUUAGCUGAGGCAGUAUGCAAACUUCUAGGUCAUGGCCCUGAGAAAUUCCAUGGAAAUGGGUCAAAUGGAUGGACUAUUCCCUUGUCAUGGAAAUCAGUUUAUGGACCACCUCCUGAUAUGUCUAUUUUCUAGUACUGAGUACUGAUCUGGUGAAGUUGCUAUCAUGGAAAAUGCUGAGUUUAGAAUUGAGGAUGUUGAACUUCGACACGAGGUUGUUAUGUACCAGAAGUAUCCAGGAAGGUGAGUUGCAGGUGUUUAUGGUCAAGUGAUUAAAAAAAUUAUUCUUUCCUUGUGGAACUCGAGACACCGUGGUACUUGAACCCUGGGAAUUCAUCAAGCGGAAUAUUUUUGUAACCGAUACUACCGAUACUAUCUGUGGUUGCAAAGAGUCAGAUCUUUGUCAAUUCAGCUCUGAGAUGGGUUGUUACGUUUGUAGCUUACCACGUGAACUCUCUAAUCUGAUUAUGGAAUUCUAAGCUUCAAGUCGUGUUUUUUUC